AUGGAGAGCGGCGACCGUGGCAGAGAUGGGAGGAGAAUGAAGAUGCGGCGAGACGGUGCCGUAAUGAAGACACGAUCCUCAAAGUGCUUCAAGAAGAUGCUGUUGGGUAAUAGCAUGGAAGAAAGUAUGCCAGCAUCCCUGCUUGAUUUGCCCCAAAAGUCGGUGUGUGAAGGAUGUCAGCAGAUGAUCCGUGAUAAAUACCUGCUCCGUGUGAGUGACGGCUUCUGGCAUGAACAAUGCGUCAAGUGCUCGGCUUGCAGGGAGCCCCUGAAAAACAGCUGCUUUCUGCGGGACAACAAACUUUACUGCAAGCGCGACUACGAGAACUUGUUUGCAGCUCGCUGCGGAGGCUGCUCGGGGGCCAUCGGGCCGUCGGAGCUGGUCAUGCGGGCCCGCGAGUCUGUCUACCACCUGUGCUGCUUCUGCUGCAGUGUGUGCGCCCGCCGCCUGCGAAAGGGCGACCGGUGCGUGCUGAGAGACGGCCGGCUGCUCUGCGCCAGGGACUGCGGGGCGCCCGCCAGCCCAGCCACCUCCGAGUCCGGUAAAAGCGAGGAGGAAGAGGACGGCCCUUUGAAGACGACCUGCGGAGGAAGUGGUGCUGAGGACGCUGACCCUAAACGGCCCAAACGCCCCAGGACGAUCCUGACCACCCAGCAAAGACGAGCCUUCAAAGCCUCCUUUGAGGUCUCUUCCAAACCCUGCCGAAAGGUGCGGGAGACCUUGGCAGCAGAGACGGGGCUCAGUGUGCGAGUCGUGCAGGUCUGGUUCCAGAACCAAAGAGCUAAGAUGAAGAAGCUGGCAAGGAGGCAGCAGCAACAACAACAGCAACAACAGCCUCAAGAUCAGCACGACCCCCAAAGACAGUCAGCGCCCCCCUGUGGAAGCCUGAACCCCAGCAUGGACAGCCUGACCUCGUACUCCAGCCUGCAGCAGCAGCAGAUCAUUGCUCUGGAGCAGCAGGCCUACAAGGCAGAUCCCUUUCGACAAGGCCUCACCCCCCCCCAGAUGCCAGGGGACCACAUGCACCCCUUCGGAAGUGAAUACCACUGCUUGGAUGCUGACUCCCUCUGCCACCUUGGCGACUGCCUGUCCCCCCACGACCCCUCCCUUCUCAACCCCAUCGACCGCCUCUGCUCCAUGCAGGACUCCUACUUUGCCUCCUGAGUGCCCCGGGGCAGAUGGCCAGUGCCCCAUGGGGGAACAGAGUGCACCUCCCUCGGGCCAAGCUUCGAAGUUAUCAGGCUGAAAAACAUUUUCCUCUGUUGUACGGACCAGAAAAGACCCAUCAGGGGCUUGUGGACGGUGACCACCGUGGCGGGUCAACCCACGUGAAAACCCAUGAAAUCAGACUGAAAGGAUCUUGCACUGUUUCCACGACAGACGUUUUUUGCGAAGCCUGCAGUAUGCGAUUUAGAAAUGUUUCACUCAGCGCUGGAGGGAAACCCGGCAUAUGCUGUAAAUAACUCCUCUGUAUUUACAAACAUUGUACGACAUUAGCUAUAGGCAGAUGUGUAGCAGUUGGAACAUUAAAUCACAGGUAGUACCGGUAGUUUAGGGUAAUGCCUCCCAGCCUUUUGAUGACCGUGGACCAGUAAAACUUGUAAAUAUGGGUAAGGAGGGAUGGGGGUUACUGGUUGUCGACCGGGUUCAGGACGGGUGUCCAGCAACGGACCAGAUAAAUGUAGCUGUUUUCAUUUUUUUCCAGAUGCCAUCAGAAUAUUUGAACGUCAGGAGUCGUAAAAAUGGCUUGUGGUUGAAAAUAUGUUUACUUUGGGAAAUCAACCAAUCCUACCCCCGAACCCCCAGCAUGCUGCAGGCUGGUGGAAUCGGGGGCCGCGAUCUCGAGCGUCAACCUCGAGCUGGGGAGCUGGACCGCGUGCCCUUUUGCCUGCGGCCGGGAAUCCCCUCCCCCGGCAUGUAGAGAGUCAGGUAGCAUCCCACAGUGUCACCUGAGAGCAGGGAGA